AUCUUGCUUGUUCUACACCUGAGCUUCAGAUAUAUUUUUUUCAAUUUUAGAUUGGCGUUUGCUUCCCUUACGUGGCUUUCAUCGUUUUCUAAGGGCUUUUCUUCACUGCGCGACUGUAAGCUAUAGUCUGGCUCCAGUGAAUCGUUUUUUUUUCUCUUGGUCUCACAGUUUUCAUUAACACGGUCUACUUGAGGUCUUAAGGUAUUUUCGACUUCUUGACGACUCUUGAUCAAAUUCCCCCUUUUCAAGCAUUCUGCGAUUGGUCAACUGCUGCUCGUUUGGUCUGGUAUCAACUACAAUGGCAGAACUCAUACCCAAGUCCAAAGACUUGUAUUUCGUGAACGGGAUCAAUGAUCCGGGCAAGUUCGGCACGAAAACCCCCACGGGCAAUUCGCGCCUCUAUAACUGCAAGCAGUGUGACCGAGCUUUCACUAGGUACGAACACUUGAGCAGACACAUCAUGCUGACACACAACAAGUUGAAGCCUUUUGCAUGCGGGAUAUGCUCACGUGCUUUUUCUAGACGGGAUCUACUUUUGAGGCACGCAAAAAACCUUCACCAGGGCUCGGAAUUGGCCGUGCCCCGCAUCCGCAAACAGUUGAAAACUCUCGAAUGCGAAGAAAGAAUAGUGGAUUUCAAGCUGGAAGAGGAGCGGCUGGAAGACGACAGGCUGGACUUGGAAAAGCUGGAGGACGACGUGGUGCUGCCCUUGCCUCAGACAAAGCGCUUGAAGUUGUCGGUGGACAUGUUGGUUAGCUGAGCUGUCGCUUUUUUGUUAUUUUUAAUUUAACGAGAUAAUGGCCCUUCUCCGUAGAGAGUAUCCGUUCUGCCGCGAAAUCUUGAUAUUGUGCGUCUGAAGCCCCCCACCCGCAGUUUGCCAGGAAAAAAAAAAACAUUGCCGCGAGGCAUCACAUCGGAGCACUCACAGAUGAGCAAACCGGCCUAUGCUCGUAUUGGCGAAUAGAUAAGAUCUAUUUUGCACAUUGGCUGUGCCGGGCCCAGAAAAUACCCUGCUUAUCUGUUGGUCUCG